AUGUCUAGAACUGAAGUUUUGAACAACGACCUCGAUCUAUUUUUCAGUGACAUACCGCAACAUGACAAAGCAACGGAGUUGUUGCUCCAAGAUAUUCAACGAGGUAAUUAUUUAUUGCUAGUUGAUAACCGGGGAUUGGAAAAUAAUACAAGUGCACAAAGAGUGAUACAGCUUUUGAACCGUCCUACGGAAUAUAUACAACUGAAUGGCGAAACAACGAUAGAGUCUUUGACAGCAGACCGAACUUUCAAAGAUGGAAAGGUAAUUUACGAGGAUUCACCACUGGUCAAAGCCGUUAAAUAUGGCUAUGUGUUAGUGGUAGAUGAAGUGGAUAAAGCACCAACAAAAGUGACUUGGAGCUUAAACCAUUUAAUGAAAACUGGAGAGAUGGAACUGAGUGAUGGCAGAAGGAUAAUUUCUAAGGAAAUCAUGAAUAGUUCUGGAAGCAAAUCCGGGAGUUUUAUACCUACCCACAAAGAUUUUAGAAUGAUACUUAUGGCUAGUCGAUAUGGGUAUCCGUUCUAUGAUAACGAUUUCUCUGGUCCUUCAGUAACCAACAUGGGUGAGAUAGGGACUACCGUCAGAGCAGUCGGGUCUAGACCAACGAUCACUACUGCCGUGUUGGGUGGCCAAGGAACGGGACCACAUACUGCUACAGCAAUAGCCUCGGGUACAGGAGUCGCCACUGCCACAGCAUUGACCUAUGGUAGGGGAUCAUCAACCGCUACGGCAAUUGCUUCCGGCUCAUCAUCUGCCACUGCCACAUCACGUUCAUACGAUGAAGGAGUCGCCACCUCUACAGCUAUCACUUCUGGCUCGGCAUCCGUCAAUGCCGAGGCGAUUGCCAGGGGCAAUCAACACAUCGAUGACACACAAAUUAGAUCCUGA